UGUAGGUGACACUGAACUCCUCCCUUUUGCUCCUGCGCCGCGUGGAGGCUAUUUUUGUCCCUCCUGUGACAGUUCUAGCGGCUCUCACUGACAGCUGACCGCAGGGGCCAAAUCAAAACAACGACAUCACAUCCACCAACUUGUUACAGUGCAGAGACCAUCACAACACCCUGCUGGACACAUAUAAGACUCUUUCCUGAAAGCAAACUCGCAUCCAGGGAAAAGGAGGUUACAUUUUCAUAAUUCUCUGUCAGCCUCUAAAUCUGAGUGAGCUUAAGCGAUAUGACCUCAAAUGAAGAGGACAAAGAUCCUGAUAUUGAGCUUUUUGUGAAGGCUGGCAGUGAUGGUGAAAGUAUUGGAAACUGUCCUUUCUCUCAGAGGCUUUUUAUGAUCCUAUGGCUAAAGGGAGUCGUGUUCAACGUCACCACUGUCGAUCUGAAAAGAUGCAGGUGCGCCUUUCAGCUGAUGUUCCGGACAGUUGAAGGAACUGUCACUGUCCCGAUCAGGAAACCAGCUGAUCUCCAUAAUCUCGCUCCUGGAACUCCCCCGCCAUUCCUUACCUUCAAUGGAGAGGUGCGGACAGACAUCAACAAAAUCGAGGAAUUCUUGGAGGAGAUGCUAGCACCUCCCAAGUAUCCAAAACUGGCUGCAAAGAACAAGGAGUCAAAUACAGCAGGAAAUGACAUCUUUGCAAAGUUCUCAGCCUACGUCAAGAACACAAAGCCAGAAGCCAAUGCAAGUCUGGAGAAGGGGCUACUGAAAGCUCUGAAGAAACUGGACAACUUCCUUAACUCCCCUCUCCCGGACGAGAUUGAUGCCGAUGGUACGGGGGAGGAGAAGUGCUCCAACCGCAAGUACUUGGACGGCAAUGAAUUAACGCUUGCAGACUGCAACCUCCUCCCUAAACUGCACGUAGUGAAGGUGGUUUCCAAGAAAUACCGUAACUUUGACAUUCCAUCAGAGUUUAGUGGAGUUUGGAGGUACCUGCAGAAUGCCUAUGCACGUGAUGAAUUCACCAACACCUGUGCGGCAGACAGAGAGAUUGAACUGGCCUAUCAGGACGUGGCCAAGCGACUGGGCAAAUGAACACCAACCAAGCAGUGACUCCAAUAAUCAUAUGCAAAACUGGUGAAAGAGAAAAUGAUUUUUCUUCAGCAGUUCUUGAGCAGAAUUUGCCAUAUUGGCUCAGUCCUGCAAUAUUCUAAACUAUUGCCUGCUCUCGUCAUGCUUGUGUGUACUUCCAUAACUAUUGCCAUUAUGUUUACUGUCUGUAAGUGACAUAAUCUGCUCUAUUAGUGUCACUAUCUUUGACGGUCUAGAAAAAAACACUGUGCCACUGUUUCUCUACAACUUGUCAGAGUUGGAUGGUGAUUCUCUUUAUUUAAAGUCAAAUUCUUGCUGCAAAGCCCUUUAACGUUUUUGUGUUGCAUAAAUUAUUUUUGCUAGCUUGUGAAACAGUAGCCUAAUAUAAAAGUGUGCUUUAUCUGAAAGUAUGAUAUUUAACUUUAGUAUUUAUUAUGGUUAAUGUUUGUGAAUUUCUGAAGGAGAAAAAAAAGUAAAAAUGAAAGAAUUAAAUUUCUUUCCAUUGGCUUGAAAAUAAUUCUAUUUAAGCACACAGCCCCACCUAGUGGUAAAAUUAAUGAAGCUGAGCUAUUUAAAUUGGCCUAAUUCUGCAGCUGAUAUGCAAAUACUGACACAAAAUGUAUACAUAAUAUUUAAGAUUAAUCUUUUUCUAUAAACAAAUCAAAGCCAUCACACAAAAUAGGCACACGUUUAGGUCUCAGGUAUCUCUGCCCUGUCUGGAAUUUUCAUAUAUCAACUCAAUAAUUAUGGUCUCUUAUUAAAUAUAUAUUUUUUUAUAAA